AUGGACAAUAACUACAGAACCAUUCGCACUCAAGUUUCUCCCCUCGAUGCUAUCAAGACAGAGAUGCUGGAGCUCAAGGCUUUUGUUGGUGAACUCAAGGAAGAGUCUAAGCUUAAUCGUGAUCUUUUAUUGGAACUCAUCAAGCAGUUGUCUCCUACCUUUCCUCCCGUUCAACCCACGAAUGAUGGUGUUUUUGGCAAUAAAACUGAUGUCGGAAGAGUGAUUGCUACAGGUAAACACUGA